UCAUUGUCAGAGGUUUGAGUCUCUGUCAGUUUCCCAGGCUCAUCCUACCUUCAUCAAUUGCCUUCUCAGCUGUAAAAACUCAUUAAACCUCAGCCAAAAUGGAGGCAAUCAAAAAGAAGAUGCUUAUGCUGAAGUUGGACAAGGAGAAUGCACUGGACCAGGCUGAACAAGCUGAGGCAGACAAAAAAGCCGCUGAAGACAGAAGCAAGCAGCAUGAAGAUGAACUUUUGCAAAUGCAAAAGAAGCUAAAAGGGACAGAGGACGAGCUUGAUAAAUAUUCUGAGGCCCUGAAGGAUGCUCAGGAAAAGCUUGAGGUUGCUGACAAGAAGGCGGCUGACGCUGAAGCAGAAGUGGCUUCCCUGAACAGACGCAUCCAGCUGGUGGAGGAGGAGUUGGAUCGAGCUCAGGAGAGACUGGCAACAGCACUUCAGAAACUAGAGGAGGCUGAGAAGGCUGCCGACGAAAGCGAGAGAGGUAUGAAGGUGAUUGAGAACAGGGCUCUAAAGGAUGAAGAAAAGAUGGAGCUCCAGGAGAUUCAGCUGAAGGAGGCUAAACACAUUGCAGAGGAGGCUGACCGGAAGUAUGAAGAGGUGGCUCGCAAACUGGUGAUUGUAGAAGGAGAGCUGGAGCGUACAGAGGAGAGGGCAGAGCUGGCUGAGGCUAAAUGUGCUGAGCUUGAAGAGGAACUGAAGAAUGUCACCAAUAACCUCAAAUCUCUGGAGGCACAGGCAGAGAAGUACUCUCAAAAGGAGGACAAGUAUGAAGAGGAAAUCAAGAUCCUGACUGAUAAGUUGAAAGAGGCUGAAACCCGAGCUGAAUUUGCUGAGAGAUCUGUGGCCAAGCUGGAGAAGACUAUUGAUGAUCUUGAAGAUGAGCUUUAUGCACAAAAACUCAAGUACAAAGCCAUCAGUGAGGAACUGGACCAUGCUCUCAAUGACAUGACCUCUAUCUAAACAUUCAGAAGGACAUGCUGUCAUGUGACCUUUACUGCUGAACAUUGAAUCUUCUCUCGUCUUUGCACUUCUGUGUCAAUUCUGUGCUGAACAACUGAUAAACAAGAGCUGGAAAAAAAAUGCUUGAGUCACUGCAUUUGUGUCCAUGUCUGUCUUUGUCU